AUGCAAAGGACCGGGUGGUUGCAACAUGCACAAGGUGAGUGGUGGGUGGCUGCAUGGUCCGGCCACACGCAGGACCGUGUGGUGGGGCCGGCCGCUCGGGUACCGCAUGAUGAACUGCCAGAAGAGCUCAUCCAUGGAUCCUACCGAAGGCACACUGCCUCAAUCCAGAAGAAGGGACUCCUGCAUCAAAGCAGAGACUUGCACUUCCAUGAUCCCAGGUCGUCUUCAGGCAAAUGGAGGCUUGUCCUGGAGACAUGCGUGACGAUUGACGUGAAAAGGGCAAGUGACCUCGGAUGCGAUUUCCGAAAGACCGGAAAUGAUGUUUGGCUCUGUGAGCGCAAUGUUCCUCCAGAAGCCAUCAAGAGUAUUGAAGCGUGGGAAGACCCGAAGGACACUGCACCGCCAACUGAAAGGGCAGGAGGUUCUGGGGCGGAAUUCUCCCGAGGAAGGGAACGACAGGAGGGAUUGAAGUUGACACUCUCACUGGAGAAGUCAAGCCCCUUGACACCGAGGCGCCCAGAGGCCGAAGCGGACGACCCAAUGGGAGAAAUCAAAGGAGAGAAGCUUGGCUCAUUGCCAGAUGUAGGCCUCGAAGGGAAGCCUAUGCCAGAGGCAGUGGACAAGAAGGAGGAGGAUGUUUAUAUGGAAGGCCCUUCGGGCCCCAUGCCCAGUAAGGGAGCCUCCAAGGUGUUGCAGGAUUGCUGUGGCAAUCCCUUCUGCAGGAGCGUGAGCAAGGAGACGAACAGUAGGGAAAUUUCCAAACCCAGCAUUGAUGUCACGCCACAGGGCUACGUCCAUUUGGCACCACCGCACUAUCGCUGGCAAAUCAGUGAGCGUUGCCAGCUCGGUGUCCGUAGGAACGUCUUGGCUGAUGCCUUCGAAUCACAUGAAGGGCGAGAUGUCAAGGCACUUGUCACCAGUGCGAACACCGUGCAGUACUUCGAACCAUUGCCAGCCAUGAAGUGCUGUGUCAUUGAUGAAUGGUACGGCUAUUCUGGCGCAGAGCCCUGGCUGACCGAGGGCAUUAUCGUGAAGGUGAUGCAUCCGGAUCUGGCCGGCGGAAAGUACUAUCGAAAGAAGGGCAAGGUUGAGCGGGUACGUCAGCAGUUCGCUGCUGAGAUCCGAAUGCUGGAAGGAAGGUGCAUAGAUGAACUCGCUAAGGACCGUGAUACCAAACCUGGGCAAGCCAGUCAAGGCACUGCUUGCACUGCAGAAGUAUCGGUUUUUGCCACGUCAGCUAAGAAAGUAGCUGGUCCAGUUGCCGCCAUGCCCUUUCUUCCACAGAUUGACGAAGCCCUGAUGGCUGGCUUCUACCGCGCUUUGCUGCUGGGCUAUGACCUCAAUGUCGAGGCCAUCAAGGUUGCUUUCGACUAUGAACUUGAAAAUCUACGAGAAUGCAUCCUCUACUGCCAGCGAGUGAACACAGACAAUGUUGACAUUUCAGACCUGCUGGCCUACACGAUGACCUUGCUGACACACGCAAAGUGUGCUUUUCAGAGUGCCGACAAAGACGGCAACUUCAAAGAACCACCCUUGCCACAAGUGUUGGACUACCAGCGUUACAACUCCACGGCACGGGUAAGGCCAAUGGCGCAUAAAAUCCGUGCCCUUGGCUAUGAUCCGGAGCUGAAGAGGACAGAAGUUGAGAAAGCCAUCCUGGUCUUGCAGUCUGAGAUGUUUGUCAGUGAAGAUUUCCUUGAGGACAACGACCUCCGCGACUUGUUUCUAUUCAAGUCUUAA